UACGAAACAACGAAUCGUUAACUUUAAUUAUACAGGAUGUUUAAUUUAUCUUUUCAAUCGAGGCAGUGUAGUUGUUAUAUGUACAUGCAUAAAAGCGGAAGUUAUUAUAUAUAGCAGACGACACGAAACGACCGAACUUGAAAAGUUCAAUUUUUAAUUGCGGAUGUAAAAGGAUAACUUAGUGAUUCUAAAUGAAACAAUUUUCGUUUUAAAUCGUAAGAUGUUACACUUGUUUGCAGAUUUAAUAUUGUGAUCUAUAUGGACUUUAAGGAAAAGGGACGGGCUUUGGAUGUGUUUAUGGUGUUCUAAUGUGUGUUUUUUAAUUGGCAUUAGUCUGGUCCAUUUAAUAUAUCUGUAACGAACAUGUUAAAUAAAAUGAUUGUGUUUUAAAUGUUUUAAUUGCAAAACACGAGUUUAUAAUAAUGGAUUUUGUACUUGGAUAGCUGCCAGAAAUCCGGUUACUAAAUACAGAACAUAUCAACUAACAGACAGUGCGCUUAGCGAAUACUUUGACAUUAUUGUACAUGCAAUAAUAUUUAAAUAAAGUGAUCUAGCUUAAGGGAGUGUGCUAUCUUCAAUACUGGGAUUGGGUUUAAAGGAAGAAUGAGUUUUCUUUUAGAUUUAGAAAGCUACAACGUAAAGCAAGAAGAAUUCUGGCCGCGUCAAGGUCGUGUCAUUUUGUCACAGUUUACAGAUAAAUCUAUUAUUGUUUAUCAAACAACUGAAUAUCAAUCGUCUGGUGGGAAUGCAGAAAAAUAUGGCGCCGUUAAUGGCAGCGACGCACGAUCAGUGAUAGGGAUCAAAGAAAAUAACUGGAAUGCAGUCGGAGCGUCUAGUAAGCGUAAAAAAGACACAGGUGUAGACUCAGAUAGAGCAGACGGAAGUAACUCUAAUUUGCCAAAUUUUUCUGUGAGAUUUGAGACAAGUUUUGUGAGGGCGAUGUAUAACUGUGAAUGGGGCAAGGCUUCCGGCUAUGGGCGUGUUCUGGCUACGCUGUUGAAACGAGAAGGAUUCGAAGAAAUACUUCAAGAUUACCUCAAAAACAUCAAGAGUAAAACUCCCACUGGGGACGUUUCAAUUGAAUGGAAGGCAGAUAGGUCUCCUACAGGACAUAUACUGAACCGAUAUGUCCCGGAGUUUACCAUAAGAGGGAACAUUCUGCAACAGUUUUACAGCAAAUGGACAAUAAGCGUCAAGGACAUUACAAAAUACGUCGACCACCAACGAAGAUUCAUCGGAUCUGGUCUCCUUAAACGUACAUGGACACCAAAAGAAAUAGUUUACAGAUCUGAUUUGUCUGAACAAUGUGUAACACUUGACAUUGAAAAUAAUAACCUUCAUGAUGAUGUUGAUGAUGAUGAUGUUGAUGAUGAUGAUAUUAAACAAGGCUGUCCAGAAAUUUUAGACAUAACCCUUGCAGAUUCCUCAGAUUUAUGGAAAAGCAUCAGUGACCCUAGAGAAGCUAUUCUAUACUUGUACGGCGCUUUUAAUCCGAUACAUUUGGGUCAUGUCAACGCCAUUUUGGCAGGCAAACGUUGGCUUGAAACUGAAGGAAAAUAUACGGUAUGCGCCACAAGAAUAGCGUUGGCGUCGGAUCCUAAUAUUAAGCAGAAAAAUGCAAACUCUGGGGAUUUAUGUAUUAAGUUUGAGCACCGUUUGAAACUUUGUGAGCUAGCUUGCAAGGACCAUGAUUUUAUCAAAAUCUGCCCUUAUCCAUUUAACUCACAGUCUACGGUCGGGGAAAAGACACGGAAGGAACUUGAUAAACCCGAUGCAACAUUAGUUCCUCUGAUGGGGUCAGAUCGAGCGUAUCUAAAUAAAAGGCGACUAAAGGCCUACAGGGGAGAUAACAAAUUUGUUUUAUGUGUUGGCCGUAAGGGAAUGAGCAAAGCAGAACGUGACACAUUUGAAUGCGCCGAGAAAAUCCUUCCAACGCUUUCCUACGAUUUCUUCGUCGUUCCAACCGAGUUUAAUGAAAUAAGUUCCACUAAAGUUCGGCAAAAAUUAUCACAGAUGAAGGGAAAUCACUCUGAAGGGAAGCAUGGUUCUAAAAACAAUUCACUGAUUAUGAAAGAAUUGGUAAAACUCGGAUGGAUAUCAGACAGGGAAGGGGAUUAUAUAUGUGAAAACAUUAACACUUUGUUUUUCUAAACUUUUUACCUACUGAAUUUCUUCAAUUAACUUGCACAGUUUCCAUUGUUGAAACUUGACGCAAAACCUUAUUGUUCUGACCUGAAGUUUUGGCCGAAUUGUGGCCCCUAGAAGUUUAUCAGAAUGCUUGUUUACCAUUACUACACGACUGAUUAAAAGAACAAACAAACUCUACACGUUACUAAAAAUCUCCACUGAUGUCAAAAACCUAAAAAUAUAUUAUUUAAAUUUUCUUGUGCAGAUCAAUUGUAUGGUGGCAUAUUUCUGCCACCAGAUAACCAUAAGAGGUUAACUAGUUACGUAACUAGUUAAUUUUUUCAAUAAAUAAAAGAUCAUAAUGGGAAAUAAAUGCAUGUAAGUACCAACUUUUAUUAUUUUACCAGCUUAAUAUUAAGUGGUUAACUAGUUACGUAACUAAGUGAUUAACUAGUUACGUAACUAGUUAACAACAUAACUAACUAGUUAAUGAAGAUGGUUAACUAGUUACGUAGUAUGGUUAUCUGGUGGCAGAAAUAUGCCACCAAACAAUUGAGCUACUCAAAACAGAAAGAUGUUUAAAUGAUAAUUAAAGAAAUAUACACAAAAAUAAAUUGA